UCCACCGCCGCCCGCCCUGCACCCGCCGCCGGCACCCCCUCGGGGCCGCCGUGGCCCGCGCCAAACCUGAGCGUCUCGGUCGGGAACUCGAGUUAUACCCUCGGGGCGCGCGGCGGCAGGGGUAAGGGCGGGCUUGUACCCCAGAGUUUCGGGGAGCGCAGGCGGUUGGCCGCCCCACCCAGCCAGCCCAUCCUCCCAGCUCCCUGGGGCCCUGCCGCCACGCGGCUUCCGGCUAGGGUGGACCUCCGGUCUAGCCGGCAAGCCGGAGGGAGAGGCGACAACGUGGCUUGGAGGCAAUGGCCCUGGCCUCUUGUGUCCCCUUCUCUCACCUGCCCAGACUUGCCCUCUUUGAAGGUCGCCUGGGCUAAGGAACCUGGAAGGACCCUGGGCGGGGAGUGAGGGGAGAGGAUCACAGCUCCCUGGUUGAGGAAGGCAGGUUUUGCUGGGGAGCAGCUUUGGGAAAUCCGGGAUUAGGACACUGUGUGAAGGACAGGUGGCUCUGGUUAGGGGAAGGGGUGUCCCUGCAAGGAGGUGGGAUGGGAGGCCCCAGGGAGUUCUGGGACAGGGAAGGGCCUUAGUGUUGGGGGGCAGGGGUGUUAGGUCUUGAAUCUGAGUGUUUCUGAGUGGAGCCUCAGAGGCGCAGGGCUCCGCAGGCUGGGACCUUGCCCCUGCAGUCUGUCGGCUUAGUUGUGGGGAGGGAGGGGCCGGUGGGCAGAAGGGAGAAGUUUGCCCUGCCUGCCAGCUGUCAUGAGGCAGGGCCACACAGGCCCAGGCCAGGGGCUAAGGACUUGGUCAGGACUGGCUGAGCCCUCACUUGGGAUCAGACCUCCAGCUGCAGAGCGUGACGGGCUCCUCCCUCACUGACCUGCAGCCAGCUCCUCUCAGCUUUCAGGAUCCCACCUUCCUUAUCACCAGGUCUUCUCCACUGGCCCCUGAGAUUGCCCUCACCUCCAGCUCCCCCUCUCCCAAAGUCAGCAGCCCCUCCUAGGGCUGUAGCCUCUCCCUGGGUUCCAACCUCCUGAGAUGCCAGACCCAUUGGGGCAGUACUCACAGGUCCUGAGCCUGCAUCACCCACUCCAGUGACGCCCCAACCCUGCAGCAUUUUCCACCCCACCCCCCUGGCCUCACCUUGCCUUCCGCCCACCUUCCCACCUGCUGCAGGGAGGGCCCUCAGCUGAGCCGUCAGACAUAUUUGCACCCCAUCUGCUCCCCUCCUGAAUUUCUUCUGACCCUCCCUUGGCUUCACAGCACCUGAAGGCCAACUGAGGUCCCCUGCUCCCAUGGCCAGUCCUGGAAAGCCUGGGGCUGAUGAGGCCCAGGAGAAGGAGGGGGAACUUGAGGGGGGCUCUGCAGGGCCACAGGCUGCAAUGCUGGAGCAGGCCCAGGAGCUGUUUCUGCUGUGUGACAAGGAGGCCAAGGGUUUCAUCACCAGGCACGACCUCCAGGGACUCCAGAGCGACCUGCCCCUCACACCAGAGCAGCUGGAGGCCGUGUUUGAAAGUCUGGACCAGGCUCACACUGGCUUUCUCACUGCCCGGGAGUUCUGCCUGGGCCUGGGGAUGUUUGUGGGGGUGGAGUCGGCCCAGGGAGCGAACCCCCGCAGGACUCCCGAGGAGACCUUUGAGUCGGGCUGGGGCUGGCUCGACGUGCAGGGCACGGGGGCCUCUCUGGAUGAGGAGGAGGAAGAGGAGGAGCGAUUCCACACUGUGUUGGAGCAACUGGGGGUGGCCCCGGUCCUGGGCGAGCAGCGGGCUGUGAGGACGCUCUGGGCCCGGCUGCAGCGCGAGCGCCCCGAGUUGCUGAGCUCUUUCGAGGAUGUUCUGAUACGCGCGUCAGCCUGCCUGGAGGAGGCGGCCCGGGAGCGCGACGGCCUGGAGCAGGCGCUGCGGAGGCGCGAGAGCGAGCACGAGAGGGAGGUGCGCGCUCUGUACGAGGAGACCGAGCAGCUUCGCGAGCAGAGCCGGCGCCAGCCGAGUCAGAACUUUGCCCGCGGGGAGCAGAGAAGCCGCCUGGAGCUGGAGCUGCAGAGCCGCGAGCAGGACCUGGAACGCGCGGGCCUGCGGCAGCGGGAGUUAGAACAGCAGCUGCAGGCCCGGGCUGCGGAGCACCUGGAGGCGCAGGCCCAGAACUCCCAGCUGUGGCGGGCGCACGAGGCGCUGCGAACGCAGCUGGAAGGGGCGCAGGAGCAGAUCCGCAGGCUGGAGAGCGAAGCGCGAGGCCGCCAGGAGCAAACCCAACGGUGCCGGGGGAUGGGGCUGGGGCGGGCCCCGGUACGUGUCCUGCGGGCGGGGCCGACAGGCGCUCAGCUCUGGGCCACUUUCAUCCCCAUCUCAAGUCCCAGGCCCGCCCAGUGGGAGGGAGGGUCUUCUAGGGGGUCCUGGGGCUCCCCAAGGAGCCUUCCUGCAGCCGGAUCACCCCCUCCCACCCACAGAGAGGUGGUCGCCGUCUCCAGGAACAUGCAGAAAGAGAAAGACAGCCUGCUACGGCAACUGGAGCUGCUCAGGGAACUGAACACACGGCUGCGGGAUGACAGGGACGCCUGCGAGGCCAGGCGGGCGAGUGGCAGCCGCAGGAAGGCUCUGACGACUGCCCACCUGCCUGGGCCCACCUGCUGCUGCUGCUGCUGCUGGGCUCGGCCCCACAGAAGUGGCUCUGGCCACCUUCCCAGUGCCCGGUGACCAGCUCCGAGUGACUCAGAGCAUCAGCUAGAAGCUGCUCUUCUGGGAGGCUUGUCAUGGGUAGGGGGUGCCCACUCAGGAUGUGGGUUCUCCCCAGAGGGCCCCAGGAUCGCCUGACUGAAGAACUGAAGACAUGAAGGACCUAGCCUGGGAGUGGUCAGGGUCCAGGGAGUGGUCAGGGUCCCGUGUGCCCUCUGCCAGUCUUCGCUCUGUCCCCAAGCAACUCCAACUCAGUUCAGCAGAAAAUCCCCCUCAUCAAAUAAAACCUACUGACUGCACUGCA